AAAUCUUUAUGCAACUUGCAACAAUCGCUGUUACUUUCUGCACUGUCGUUACUCAUUCUCUCUUUACCUCCCUUAUAUGUUUCCACUUUUCUUGACCAUUUUGCCCCUUCUAUUUCGUGAAAUUACCAAAUCGUCUUGUUGAUAACUUGUUAUUUUCUCUCUCGAUUGUUCCAAUUGCACGCAGAAGUGAACUUUUCUAGGGUUUCGAAGUUGUGCUGAAACUCGUUAAAUAAAGCAAGUUUUGCUAGGUGAAGAAAAUGAUUAUCACUAAGCAGUACCGAUGCAUACAUUCAGCUAGCUGUCAAUGCUCGAAAGGUCAUUUAAGUGAAGAUGCGAUUUUCUUAGUGUUUCAUAAUUUAAAAUGGAAUCCAAAGCUGAUUGCCACUCUGUCAUGUGUGUGCAAAUGGUUUGAUGAUCUUGCCAAGCGAGUUCUAUGGAAAGAGUUUUGUGGAACAAGAGCUCCAAAGAUGUUGUGUGAUCUACAAUCUACCGGGAGCCAUGUUGUUGAUGGGAACUGGAGGGCUUUAGGGAAGCUUCUUACAUACUGUUCAGGAUGCACAAAAGGUGGCUUGUUUAAAACUAUUCAGAACCAGAUCCCUGGUCACUUUGUAUAUCAGACUCGAUUUUCUAGAACAUCUGGGAAGAGCUUUCUUUUGCCACAAUGCAGAACUGAUGUUUUGUACGUGUCUGAUCCUUGUGAGCAUCUCGAUCAAGGUGAAGAAGAAGAUUUAGGAUUCUUCCGCGGAGUUUUUAAGUCAUUCGCAACUUCAAAGGUCCGAAAGAUGCUUAUUAGUAAAGGUGUUAAGCUCCAUCAAACAGAAGUUUGCCCUUAUUGUAAGGCGAAACUUUGGAGCAUGCAGCAAGCAAAAAUGAUUCCUCAAAGUGCUAGUUGCAGGCUUGGUUCUUAUGAAGAUGGUAUUGAAUAUUAUGUGUGUCUAAAUGGUCACAUGAUUGGGAUAUGUACCCUAUUACCAUUGUCUGAUUCAGAAGAGGCGCCUGAGUUGGAUGGAGUAACAGUUCAAUGAUUUUCAGCUGUCAUCAUUCUUUCUGAAUCUGCUAAAUUCCAGAUUAAGAUUAUUUAGAAGAAAUGUGAAGAAGGUGAAGAAUACUCAGUCUAGGUGACUACCGACUAGGGUGUAGCAUGAUCCCUUAUCUAUCAGUAUGUAAGAACAAACUAAUGUAAAACAAAUUUUACUCUGUAAUUAUUUCCUAAGGCUAUGUUUGGAAGUUUUGGGAGGAGAGGUUAAAGCUUUGAAAUAAAAGCAGUAAAAGAAAAAUGAAGGAAGCAUAGUGUCUUUGGUUUUCA